UUGACCACAAGGCUGCGACCGGCUGCAGUUCGCCAUUUUGCCAAUUGCCACGAACAGCUACGGACGAACUUCACAUAGUGAAAUUUGUUCUGUUUCUGUUUAGUGUUUGUAGCUUUAGAAUUAGGGUAAUAUUCACAAGAGAAAGUCAAAAUGACUUCCCACGAAGAAACGUCUUCUGAUCGGAAUGUUGAAAUAUGGAAAAUCAAAAAACUGAUCAAAAGUUUGGAAAUGGCUAGAGGGAAUGGAACCAGUAUGAUUUCCCUCAUCAUUCCUCCAAAAGAUCAGAUAUCACGAGUAAGCAAAAUGUUGGCCGAUGAAUUUGGAACUGCUUCAAACAUCAAGUCCAGAGUUAACAGGCUAUCUGUUCUGGGUGCCAUCACAUCAGUACAGCACCGGUUGAAACUUUAUACAAAAGUGCCCCCUAAUGGAUUAGUAAUUUAUUGUGGUACAAUUGUUACUGAUGAGGGUAAAGAAAAGAAAGUCAACAUCGACUUUGAGCCUUUUAAGCCAAUCAACACAUCCCUGUAUCUCUGUGACAACAAGUUCCACACAGAAGCUCUGACAGCACUUCUUGCGGAUGACAAUAAGUUUGGUUUCAUUGUCAUGGAUGGUAACGGUGCAUUAUUUGGUACACUUCAAGGUAACACACGAGAAGUACUUCACAAAUUCACUGUUGAUCUUCCAAAAAAACACGGUAGAGGAGGUCAGUCUGCAUUGCGUUUUGCACGUUUGAGAAUGGAAAAACGACACAACUAUGUCAGAAAAGUUGCUGAAGUUGCAACACAGUUGUUCAUCAGUAAUGAUAAGCCGAAUAUUGCUGGUUUAAUUCUUGCUGGUAGUGCUGAUUUCAAGACAGAACUUAGUCAGUCUGAUAUGUUUGAUCCUCGCCUUCAAGCAAAAGUGAUCAAGCUGGUGGAUGUAUCUUAUGGUGGAGAAAAUGGUUUUAAUCAAGCCAUCGAACUUGCUGCUGAGUCAUUGCAAAAUGUCAAGUUCAUUCAAGAGAAGAAGCUCAUAGGACGCUACUUUGACGAAAUUAGUCAAGAUACAGGAAAGUACUGCUUUGGAGUAGAGGAUACAUUGAAAGCUCUUGAACUUGGUUCUGUUGAGAUUCUUAUAUGCUGGGAAAAUUUGGAUAUCCAGCGUUAUGUUCUUAAAAAUCAUUCAACAUCAGAAGAGAAAGUACUUCACCUCACCCCAGAACAAGAAAAAGAUAAAUCUCAUUUCACAGACAAAGAUAGUGGAGUCGAAUUAGAGUUGGUGGAGUGCCAGCCCCUCUUGGAGUGGCUUGCUAACAACUACAAGACCUUUGGUGCAACCUUGGAAAUUAUCACUGACAAGUCUCAAGAGGGUUCUCAGUAUGUCAGAGGCUUCGGUGGUAUUGGAGGGCUACUUCGUUACAAGGUGGACUUCCAGAGUCUCCAAUGUGAAGAUCUAGAUUAUGCGGAAGUGUAUGAUCUUGAUGACUAUUAAGUGGACUCAUUCUUCUUGUGAACUUAUUGGAGAGGUUAGACAAGAGCAUCUCUUAACAAAGUCCCAUCACAGGUCGUUCCAUUCUGAUUUCUUACUUUUUUUUUUUUUUUUUAAAAUAAUAUGGCCUGAGUGCAGUGAAGUGAACUUUAUCGGUGUCAUAGGUGAUGUGUGUCAAAUAUAUCUUAUUCAACACAUGACAAUUGAUAUCUCAAGUGAGUCUAAUAAAAUGAAUUUUGAGGCAAAUAAUCGACCCAGUAUUGUUGUCACAAUUUCUCUAACUUUGCCAGGGGAUUAUUUUGGAUGCCAUCCGUCCUGUGCGGUUUAGUUGAGCACAUUAAGAUGUUUGAUGUUUUCUGUUCAAUCAUUCUUCCCAACCAUCACAGCAUCAAGGCCUUUACAAGACUGACAUCUCUGCCUUUUACCAUCUUGCACAAAUUCGCCAUACUAUUCAAUGCAAAUAAAAUUGGUUACUUAAAUUUUUCUCUGAAAGAACUAAACUGAAGUUUACCAAAGGAACUUAACUUCCUUUGUUACUUAAUAUUAUAGUUUCCAUUUUCAUAAUCAUUCCCUGGAAAGUCUCUAUAUUUGUUGCCCCAGUUCAGACCCAUUAACUAAUUUCCCUUAGAAACUGAAAGCUCAAGCAAUGACAGUAAUUGUUAAAUAACUGGUCCUUCAUGGGAAAUUUAAGGCACAAAUUUGACCAACUAACGUGUCAACCAUAGUGAACAGUUUAUUUUAGUGUUGUCCUAGCUGUGCCAAAGUUAACCAUGUAAGUGGUCUGUUUUUAUCUUCAUAAAAAUUUAUUUUCAUUAUUUGUGCUUUAAACACAUGGUUUCUAAGGCCCCCACAUUUCUUCAUCUAAGUUGGUGACUGGAUUUAGUGCAGAUUUGUUUUAAUUCUUGUCAAUCCCUGUUACCUCAACUUAAAUCCUGGAUCACCUCCUCUUAAACUUUGGACCUUAUCUCUACUGUUAGUUUCUAUUUAUUUGUAUCAUCAUCUUCAUCCAUACUGUCAUUAUGAGUUUUGUGUGAGAUUUUUGUUCUGCUAAGAAAGGUUGAUGUGUGUACAUUGCCGAACACACUCAAUUGUAUCUGAUGAUAAGCACUUUACUAGUUUCUUGUAGAUCAAUUACUCACUAUUUAGUCAAUAUUAAAUCUAAUUGAGUCUCUUACUCACAUAUUGUUGGCAAACCACUUAUGAAUGUAAUGAAAUAUUUUAUACAUCAGCAUAAUGUUUGUUGAAUUAUCAUUGCUCAAAGUAAAUACUUUUCUUUUGCUGUUCUGCAAAAAAAAAUAAUUGUGUCUUUUGAACACUGUAGCAACUAUAAAUGGAACUUGAGGUCUGUCUGUAUGUAUGUAGCCUGCCACUACAAGUGCUUAUUCUAAAUUUUUGAAUGGAUGUUGAUAUUUUAUUUUGAACUUACAAGCGUGUUUUUCAGCAUAUCUCGAGUGACUAAAUUGGUUUUCUAGUUCAUAAGCAAAGUUUCUUUUGUCAUUUAUUGACUGAUGUCCAUCUAUUGAGACCCUGAAUUUCUGAACUGGUGGAAUGGAUUAGUUGUUAACUGCCUUAUGCAGUUGGCCUUUUUUUAGGAAGAAAAUAUCUUAAUUUUUGUAUAUUACAUUACAUGGUUAAUGUGCAGUGUUGCUUAUUGCAAUAUAAUUUUAUUGCAGUUUCAAAAAUUAUGCUGUAUCGAAUCAUUUGUAUCAUGCCUCUAAGCAAUGCUAACUGAAUGGAGAAAAAUAUUGCAUCUCCACAUUUAAAGCUUUUUGUGAGAAGUGCUUGAUGGUGGAUGUGGUGCUGUGACAUAAGCCAGUACCAUUGAGCUGCUUUUCAUUGAAGACUGGUGUAGUCAUAACUCAUUUGCAGCAAUUAUUGGACCAAUUUCAAGAGCAUAAAGUUAAAUUUAUUUCAUAUUUUAAACCAGGGCUCACCCUUAUUAAUUGUUUGUAAGGAGUUAAUGAACUAUCAAGAAAAAGUAGCACAAUAUAGCUUCUUGGUAGAGAAAUGAUGUCUUAGCUAGUUUUAGUUUGACAAAUGUUUCUGAUCCAUUUUAUUAUAGUUUUCCUAUUUUGCUGGAUGGAUUGAAACAGUAUUA